AUCUUGGGUAAGGCUUCGGCUGUUUUAUUCCCGGAUGUAAACAACUCAGAGCACAAGGACACUGUUGGUGAAGUAUUCUGUGGGGCGGAAAACAGUAACAGCAUGGCGGAAGGCAGCCGCGAACCCACCAACAAGGAUCUGCUGGAUUGUAUGAAGGCCAUGGGGGAUAAGCUUUGUACUAUGGAGAAAAAGCUGAACUCUUUAGACACUCUUGAAAAGAAGGUUUCUAGUUUUGAGAAGGAACUCAACAAGAUGUGGGUAGCUAUUGAGGACCGUAUAAAAUGUACAGACGCGAAGUUGGACGGCCUUGUAGACCGUAUCGAGACGCACGACGUGGAGGCGGCGCUGAUGACUAAGAGGGUCAGCAGGUUGGAAAAGCAGCGUGAUGAUCUACGGGAUGACGUGGCAUACUUAAAGUCUCAAUCUAUGAGAAACAAUUUAGUUUUUACUAACAUCCCAGAGGAUAAUACUUCCGGGAACGAACCAGCCGAUGUUACGGAAUCCAAACUACGACAGCACCUACAAGAGAAGCUCAAGCUGGCGAAGGAGACGGCUGAGUCCAUUCGCUUCGAGCGCAUCCACCGUUCUCCGGGACAUCCGGUACAAGGGCGAAUUCACAACGUCAUUGCUAAAUUCACGUUUUUUAAGGACAGGGAACUUGUACGUCGCGAGUGGAAGCAGUUGGCUGGCUCCGGUUGCCAAAUGUAUGAACAGUUUCCGCCGGAAGUGAUGGACAAACGACGACGUUUAGUGCCCAAGAUGAAGGACGCCAGGAAGGAGGGUAAGCGUGCGUGGAUCAUCUUUGACACCCUGUACGUGGACGGCAAGCCGGUGCGGACGUAGGGACACGACGGGAGUGAGCUGUCAGUUCUCUCGUGGAACGUCCACGGUCUCACUAGGGACAAGAAGGAGAGCAGCGACUUUGUAAAUAUCUUAGAUAAAUAUGACAUUUGUUUUUUGUAUGAAUCAUGGUGUGAUUCUUCUAGCAAUAUUGAAUUAAAGGGGUAUAAAUCGCAUAAUUUUUAUCGUAAAUUUCAGCAUAGGAACGCUAAAAGAAAUAGUGGGGGUAUUGUUUUGUAUUAUAAAGAUUGUUUAAGCGAGGGAAUUGAAAUUAUUAGAAACCACUUUGACACAAUUAUAUGGCUUAAGUUUGACCACAAUUUUUUUAACACAGUUGAGGAUAUAUAUUUAUGUGGUGCAUAUAUUUGGGGCGAAGAUUCACCUAUAUAUAACACUGUUAAUGUUGAUUUGUUUGAUAUUUUAGAACAUGAUUUGUCUUUAUAUGACAGUCUUGGUAAUGUAUAUGUAUGUGGUGAUUUUAAUAGUAGAACGAGUAAUAAAAAGGACUAUGUAAUACAUGAUAAAUAUAAUUGUAAUAUUGACAGCCCUGAUUAUGACUUUGACUGUAUCCCCGAUAGGGCCUCUAUCGACAAAUCAAGUAAUAGCCAUGGGAUAAAACUAUUAGAUAUAUGUAAAGGGUCAAGUAUUCGUAUUGUUAAUGGUCGUAUUGGUAACACUGAUCAGUAUACUUUUUUGUCACAUAACGGUUGUUCUAUGAUUGAUUAUUUAUUGUCAAGCGAGCGUAAUUUCUCACAGAUUAAAGAAUUUACUAUUAAAUCUUUCAAUGAAUGGAGUGACCACGCUCCGUUACAUAUUUCAUUGCUAUGCAAUACUAUUGAACCUAAUACUACAAAGUACUCGGAGCUUAAAUU